AUGGGUCCGCGAGGCUUUACCAACCCCGCGCCAAAGACCGAGUCAGCACGAUCGGCCCUGAGCGCAUUCACCUGUACUCUCUGCAAUAAAUCAUAUUCGCGCCAUCCUGAAUAUGAGGCGCAUAUCUCGUCCUAUGACCACCAGCACCGCAAGCGAUUACAAGAUCUCAAACAGCUGUCGCGCGACCCCAAUGCCGCGGUGAAGGCUCGCCGUGCUGAGCGCAAGGCUGACGCAGAGGCCGGUCUGAAAGUCUUAGAUGCCCCUGCCGGUGGUCUAGCAACGACCGGAGGGAAUAAAAGUGGGAGUGGGGGAGGAUUCAAGAAGGGUGGCUUCAAAAGUUCCUUCGCGACCGUUAAAGGCCCUGCGGCCCCGGUCAAAAAGAACGUUUUGGGAGACGAUGACGAUGAUGAGAAUGAGGGCUCUACUGCAGCGAAAGAUCCACCAAGCUCAACGUCACUUUCAAAGCCUGGGCGUGACGAGGCGACGCGAGACAAUGUGGACAGUGAUACCGAGGAAGAGGAUGCCCGCAAUCGAGAAGGAGGAGGAUACUAUGACCCUCACCGGCCAACUGGCUGCUUUGCUGGAUGUGCGGGCAUGGAGCGGAUGAAGGCUGCAACUUGA